AGUUUUUCUUUACAAAUUUCAAAAACAGUUAGUGAAAACCAAUAAUCCAUAAGAGAAAAAAACAGAAAGAAAAAUGGAGAAAAAGAGUCAUCCUUUACUUAGAGGAGGAAGAAGAGAAACAAAGUAUAGUCAUGGUUUUUCUUCUUCAGAAAUGGAAACUUUGACUAGUAUUUGUGAAACAAUUCUUCCUCCUCUUCCUCAAAAUGAAAUCCCAGAUAAAAAUAGCCAUAAUAUUCAAUACCUUCAUAAAGCUUCUGCUUCUCAGUAUCCAAUUCCUGAUGAGUGUGCAGAGGUUGUAAUGAAAAGGGGUUUUUUAGAAGCAAUAAUCUUGGUGAGGGGUUUGUUAAGAAUACUAUCAACAAGAAUUGGAACAUUAUUACUUUGUGGAUCAUUUUGUUUUGUCCAAAAAUGGCCUUACAUUAAUAAAUUCUGUGAUAUUCCAUUGGAGAAAAGAGAGAUUGUGUUGCAGAAAUGGUUCAAGAACAGAUUCUUAACUCCAGUUAGAUUGGCAUUUAUGUUUAUCAAAUUCUUGUGUCUCUAUAUCUUCUUUACUCAGGUUGGUGAAGAUUCUAAAAAUCAAGCAUGGGAUGACAUUGGAUAUCAAGUAGACAAUGAAGAAAAACAUUCAGAAACAGCUGAGGAAAGACCUCUGGAGAAGGGAAUUGUAGAGACAAUUUAUGAGACAGAAUCAACUAUAGUCAAGUCCCUUGUCCAAAAAGGCCUAAAAGUUAAAGAAGAUACCAAAAACAACAUGUACAAAGUUCAAUGUGAUGUUGUUAUUGUUGGCUCAGGUUGUGGUGGAGGUGUUGCAGCAAGUGUUCUUGCAAGUUCCGGCAACAAAGUUAUCGUCCUCGAAAAAGGAAACUACUUCAACAAAUCCGACUAUUCGUCCCUUGAAGGACCUUCAAUGAAUCAAAUGUAUGAAUCAGGAGGAAUACUCUCAACUUUGGAUGCUAAAAUAAUGAUCAUGGCUGGAUCAACAGUUGGUGGUGGCUCCGCGAUUAAUUGGUCAGCCUGCAUUAAGACUCCUGAUUCUGUUAUACAAGAAUGGGGCGACGAUAAAAGGCUACCAAUUUUCCAAAGCCCUGAGUAUGUGUCAGUUAUGGACAAAGUUUGUCAACGAAUCGGUGUGACAGAAAAUUGCACACAAGAAGGUCUUCAGAAUCAAAUUCUCCGAAAAGGGUGUGAGAAUCUUGGUCUUGAAAUUGAAGGCGUGGCACGAAACUCAUCCGAGAAUCAUUAUUGUGGCUCGUGCUGCUACGGCUGUAGAAGAGGUGAGAAGAAAGGAACUGAUACAACUUGGUUGGUGGAUGCUGUGGAAUGUGGAGCAGUGAUUAUAACAGGAUGCAAAGCUGAGAGAUUCAUAUUAGAAAAGAACAAGUCUGGAAAAACAAGAGACAAGAAAUGCUUAGGAGUGAUUGCAACAAGUAUGAACAAAGAUAUCACAAAGAGGAUUUGUAUUGAGGCCAAGGUUACCAUUUCAGCUUGUGGUUCUCUUUUGACACCACCACUUAUGAUUUCUAGUGGUUUGAGAAAUCUGAACAUUGGCCGAAAUCUCCAUCUUCAUCCGGUUAUAAUGGCAUGGGGAUACUUUCCUGAGUCCGAUUCAGACCUCAAGGGAAAAAUAUAUGAAGGAGGAAUCAUUACCUCAGUACACAAAGUCGGGAGUAAUGAUUCCAAUGUAAGAGCUAUAAUCGAAGCCCCUGCUUUAGGACCGGGAUCAUUUGCUGCUUUAUGUCCUUGGAUAUCUGGAGAGGACUUAAAAAAUAGGUUACUCAAAUACUCAAGGACAGCGCAUUUGUUUGCAAUGGUUAAAGAUGUAGGAUCGGGGGAAGUGAGAUCGGAUGGAAGAAUAAGCUAUAAGUUCAAUGCUAUGGACAAAGAAAGUUUGAAGCAAGGGCUAAGACAAGCUUUAAGGAUCUUGAUAGCAGCAGGAGCUGAUGAGGUAGGUACUCAACGUAGCGAUGGACAGAGAAUGAAAUGUAAGGGAAAAAGUGAGAAAGAAAUUGAGGCUUUUCUUGAUACAGUAACAGCAGCUGAGGGACCAAAGUCACUUGUAAAGAAUUUCACAACUUAUAGUUCUGCUCAUCAGAUGGGAAGUUGCAGGAUGGGAACGAGCGAAAAAGAUGGCGCAGUCGAUGAGAAUGGAGAGAGUUGGGAAGCAAAUGGCUUAUUUGUUUGUGAUGCUAGUGUUUUGCCUGGUGCUGUUGGUGUAAAUCCAAUGAUCACUAUUCAGUCCACUGCAUAUUGUCUAUCCAAGAAAAUAGCAGAUAUGAUAAAAGAAGGCAAAUUCUCCAGAUAAGUAGUCCUCUAUUUGUCCUCUACAUAUAUUCCAUUUCAAUACAAACUUGUUUGCCUUGUCUUCUUUGUAUGAUCAUAUAUUUGUAAUUUGCAUGUAAUUUAACAUUUUUAACCAGUGAGAUAUGUAAAACUAGUGGAUUCAAGAGGAUCUCAAUAAACAAAGUAUUCGUGUUU